AUAAAAAGGAAACCUGGCAUCAGAUUACCGGGUACUCUCCUCCCACUCCGCUCGACCAACCCUCCACAGGCGCCGCCACCCAAUCCCUCCCGCCGGUGACACCUCCCACCGGUGCAAGGGGUCACGAACUCGGAGCGAUGUUUGUGUGAAGCUUACGGUUUCCUGCCUGGUCGAUUUUUACUGAGAAAUGCCAUGUGAAGAACAAAAAUAUCAUGAAACUCUUGGAUGGUUCUUACACCGUCGGUGAAGAUGGCGGCAUCAAGGGACAACAAUAGUGAGCUGUAUUUCCUUAAAUAGACGUCAGCUCAAAAUGGAAUGUGUGUCCGCCACCGUCUCUAAGGUGCUGGACGACGACAACCUCCUCAUCGAGAUCCUCCUCCGCGUCGCCUUCCCCAGCACCCUCGUCUGCACCGCUCUCGUCUGCAAGCGCUGGUUCCACCACAUCUCCGACCGCAAGUUCCUCUGCCAUUUCCGCAAGCUCCACCCACCCUGUCUCCUCGGCUAUUACCUCUAUGGACGCUUCGUCCCUAUGCUGCCACAGCCCCCACGAGCUACAGCCUCGGGGGCACCGAGGACGCUACUGUAGAUCAGGGACUGCCGGAACGGUAGCGUCUACUCCCUAUUGUGUAAACGAGGAAGCGGAGUCACUGGUGGAGUGCACAAGCCGCUGUGCCAGGACAGAGCCGUGGCCGCCAUCCCACCGCUCUCACACCCCAAUUGCACCGCAAGUAGAAUCCUCUCCAAAGAAGAGGAGAGUGGUGGCUUGUCCUACAUGUAUGUAACGUUGGGGCCCCCCUUCAAGAGGACAUGUUUUACGGUGUUUAUGUUGCAAGAUGGAGUCUGGUGUAUGCAUAUGUCAGUCACAGCCCAAAUAUGUUGCCGCUUUGAGCGACUACAAGCUGUGUUGGUGGAGAAUAAAAUCUAUUUGAUGGCCACCAUGAGUGACAUUAUCGUCUUGGAUUUAACGACCUCAAGUAUGUCCACAAUUCAGCUCCCACAAGGAGUGGAGUAUAUCACUUCGGCCACUAUCUUGUCACGAGCUGAUGAUGCUUCUGGAGUAUAUCUCAUCCAAGUGGAUCUUGAACUUCGCAUCUGGCUCCACAGUGGGGAGAACUGGUCACUGGUGGACACCAUUUGUUACCGUGAGAUGGUUGCUAAUUUGAGAAUGUCAGAUUGCACGGUUGAUCAUGAGAAUACUGCUGAUGUGCAUAUAAGCCAAGUUGGAGACAAUGCUGAAUUUGCGUUCUUGCAAAUGGGCCGAUGCACAUUCUAUUUGGAUAUCAAGUGCAGGACAUUGCGUAAAGUGCAUGAGAGGAAACAUUGGGAUCCAUUCGAACAAAUAUAUCCUUUUAUGAUGAUCUGGCUUCCCACAUUCCCUACGCUCAAAGAUGAUUUCGCAAGAGAUGCUGUGUGAAGAGGACACCAUCGAGCGAGCUGCACUUUGAGUAGCUUGUCCUAGUUCUGUUUGGAUUAGUUAGAAAACCAUGUAACUGGAGGCUAGAUCAGAUAUGAACCUGCAUCUAUGUUUUAUGUUGUUGAGAAGAUAAAACUUGUAUGUUGAGUAGUCAUCUCGUGUAGUAUCCUUGCGCUGCAGUCUUGGGGUUCUACUACUUGCAUGGAUGCGUGCUUGUUACUUGGGACAUUAUAAGAGAAUUGUCUUCUUUUUUACUGUUGGAAAAUGUGUAUGUCAAAUUUAAUGGCUAAAAGAAAUGUUUUAUAAGUCAUUCUGUCCA